AUGAAUCAACUAAUUGUCACAGGAGCUACGCCAGAGCGGCUUGAGCGUGCAAGAGCUCUUCAGCGUAAACUCUUGGGGCUCAUCUCUGCGAGGACAGGCUUAUUUGAACUUAUUCGAACACCUCGAGAGUCAAGUAUUAGUUUUAAGUGGAGGUCUACGAGUCCUGAAUAUGAUGGAUUUCCUAGUGAACCGGACGAAGUAAACGAAUUCCAUCCACUGCCGCAAAAAAUGACCAUCAAAUGGUCGUUGGAAGAUAUCAAUAAGUGUAACAAGGCAAUUGAUGGAGGCUUCAUUAGUAUAAAAGCAUCAUCAAAAGCUCAUAGAUGGACGAGACUCGAUGUCCAAAAGUAUACGAGAAUUCGAUUGCAUGAUUUCAUAGAGUCUUCACUCGGGCAUUCUCUUAAUGCUCGACCGCGUUGGAUUAGUCCGAUCUCAAAUGAUGAACGGUUCAAUUCCUACCGAUGGCAGUUCAGCGAGACGUUUUCCGAGUUUAGGCAGAAGCCUUUCUCCCUAUGGCUUUCGGCAAAUUACUUUGAGCUUAACAAUGCUUUAGAUACUGGGGCCCUAACAGUUGUUCCAAUUCGUGAAUAUGAAGCUAGCCAGAACAGAAUCUCAACGAGAGUUUGCAAGCCAAAAGCGCAGGUAUCGAUCGGCCAAAUGUCACCUUCAGCAGUCAUACCCUUCCAUGAGAAUGGGACACAGAUACCAGCAAGCGAAAAGGUUCAAUGUAACAAAGCGGCUACAAGCUUCAUAUCAGGCAGGCUUCAUGAGGAACAUGGCACCUCGGAUCUCAUACUUCUAUGUAACCAAGCAUGGAGCCACUUAGAAAAUCAGUAUACGACGAAUGACUGCAAAAACACCUAUGCUAGGGCCACGCUUAACAUAGGCUUAUCUUUGGCAAUCCAACUAGAAGAUCAAAUUCGACGUGCCAACGCACUUGAGAAUGAGAACGAUAGAUUAAAUGUACAAGUUUUGCAGUUAGAACACGAUCAAGCAAUGCUGCAACAAGAGAUCUCAAAUAUGCGGGAGAAGGAUGAGAAGGAUGUUUCAUCCGCAAGAUUAGAGGGUGAGAAAAUCGCGGAGGAAAACAUAUUGAGGCUCUGGAAUUCGGCAAAAGAGAGGGGCAGAGUGAUUGGGGUUUGUGCCAUGGAGAAAAUGUUUCAAAGGAAAGAUAUUCGGUCAGAUAUUAUAAGUGAAGUUCGCAACGACUUAUCGACCCCUUCUUUAGUCAUACCAAACUCCAGAAUUGGGGGAAAUCAAGACUCUCCAAAUGCUCUACAGAGGAUUCCUCCAAUCUGCGCGGACGAAAGUCGCGAACAUCGAUUCAAAGUACGCGCUCUAAAUUCACCCCUACCUUCCAACUUGACUGGUCCGGCAGAAAAUGCUAUGGCUUCUUCCAAUAAUCUUCUUCCUGCCGUUGCAGCUUUUGAAUCCCAGAAAUCCCACCAUAAAACUGCCAUUACCAAUGCUUCGGUACAGAUCCCGCCUGCUACAAACGCAUUCCACGAGUCUUUUCUCAAUAGAAUCCUUGGGCCUAUGAAUCGCACUCUCAAUAUAGUUCCGCCAUCGCAUAUUCUAAGCCCCGUUCAUUGGACGAGAUUUUUCACCAUAAAUUUGGACACUCAACCAUAUAUCUUCCCUCUAUCAACCCCUAUUCAAACUUACGGACAGAUUGUCCAUUUUGUCUCCCAAUCCACAGCGGAAUCGCCUCGAGCGACGCAAGGAACCGCUUAUCCUACUCUUUUGCGACUUUCACAAGACACAGACGAGUAUUAUUACAUCGGUCAUUUUGUCGUAAGCAGUGUAGUCACAACAACAAACUUUAAUCAAGUCUUAGAAAAUUUGCCCGAUCUCUCGCCAAAUGAUAGGCUUACCAAACACAAAUUGCUCAAGGAAAGAAAUCGGGCUUUGGGCUCAAUAUCAGGAUUGGCAGAUGAGUUGCCGGUUGAUUUUUAUACUUUACAGUAUGUCUUCUUUGGCAAAGAACAAUACAAGAUUCUCGUAGAUACAAAGAAGACGUAUGAUUCUAUGAAAGCUGCAGAUCAUACCAUCGAUUUAUUGAUAGAGGCUGAUAAUCAAACCGAUAAAUCUUCCACUCCAUCUACAACAAGAGAUAAAGCCAACCACACAGAUUACUUGUCAGAACCGCAUAACCAGAAUUUUACCCCUCCGGGUCUAAAGUUUCCCAUCGCGCCUAAGGCAAUGCGGAGUGAUCAAUCAACUAUCGAGGAUAAGACUCUCUCGGGGUCAAUUCAUAGUGAUUCUAUCCGUUCGUCACUUUCUCGGGUCCAUAAUAUCCCAACGAAGCCAGCAGCAAUGAGAGGUGACCAUUUGUUCAGCGAGAGUGGGACUUUACUAGAGUCAAGUCUUUAUAAUUCCAUCCGCUCAUCUCUUUCUCAAAACGUCAAUAUUCCCAAGGGACCAGCAACAAUGAUGAGAGUGUAUCCGCCUAUUCCUGAAAGUGAAGUUCCAUCACAGACAAAGUCAACCCGGUCUAGCACUAUUAGCACAAAUAAUUCUCUAGAAAAUGGAACAUCUGACGAGCCGGUCGUAGAAGGGAGAAGCUGUACGAUUAGUGGUAGGAAAUUUCCGAAGAAUUCAAAUCAUCAUGACAUUGUGAGCACACCGCUCGCUCAUCUUAAAGAUUCUCAUAGAACAACUGCCACAUUGAAAUUGAAGGGAACGCCCACGUCUGGAAAUCAAUCUGAAAGCUUCGAAAACUCAAAUCGUCACCACGCUACAGACUCACCAUUCCCUUCCCCGAGAAAGAAUCACGAAAAACUCCUACAGCGGAAAAGAAAACACACUUCAGAUGAUGAGAACCGAAGUCUGAAGGAACACUCAAGGGGCUUUGGCAAAACUGUUGGCCCUGAUAUUUGGCACAUCAAAAGCUAUCCGUUUCCUAGAAUCAAGCCUAAGCCCAUUACGUAUACUGUGACAAAACCAGUCGCACGUACAGUGACAGGCAGGAUCUCUGAAUCCACCGGUGGCGAUAAAGCAUCGAAAGCUGCAUCUGCUGCCAAAGGAAGACGCCUGAAUAACACGACCAAGACUGAUCCUAGACUUGCAAGCAGAAGUAAUACCUCCACCGCUGGCCAAUCUUCUGCGCAAGAAAGGGUGAAUACGCCUCAGGCACAAUCGCAUGCUAUCCCACCGCCUCCAAAAAUCAUGGGAAAUAGGGAGGACGUCGAAUCACUUCCUUCAAUCGAAUCAUCCGCAGGUAAGCGAAAGAGAACAAUUUCCGAUCUUGACGCAUUACCACAAAGCGAGAGGGCGAUAACAGAGCAGAAAAAACGUCUCAAGUCUGAACAGUCUCCACAAUUUGACACGAUGAAGCAGCUCUGGGACCGCCCUCGCUAUGCCAUAUCCGUCCUGGAAAUCCCCACAGUUGCCGAAAUGUUGAUGUCACGUAAGGCGGCAAUAAGCACUUUGGAGUUCGAUUUGAAUACGGUCUCCAUAAGGAAGAGCUUAUACUCUACUGCGAACCUGUUGACAUUGGAAGAAUGA